GUCGUGGUCCCCGCACCGUCGCCCCCCGCCGGCAUGAACCGCGAGAGCUUCGCGGCGGGCGAGCGGCUCGUGUCCGCCGCCUACGUGCGGCAGGGCUGUGAGGCCCGCCGCUCGCACGAGCACCUCAUCCGGCUGCUUCUGGAGAAGGGCAAGUGUCCAGAGGACGGCUGGGAUGAAAGUACACUUGAACUCUUCCUACAUGAAUUGGCAAUCAUGGAUAGCAACAAUUUCCUGGGCAAUUGUGGUGUGGGAGAAAGGGAAGGGAGAGUGGCUUCGGCUUUAGUCGCCCGGCGGCAUUACAGGUUCAUUCAUGGAAUUGGACGAUCGGGUGAUAUUUCUGCCGUGCAACCCAAAGCUGCAGGUUCUAGUCUAUUGAACAAAAUUACCAAUUCUUUGGUUCUGGACAUCAUAAAAUUGGCUGGUGUCCAGACGGUGGCCAACUGCUUUGUAGUUCCUAUGGCAACUGGUAUGAGUCUAACCUUGUGUUUUUUAACAUUGCGACACAAAAGACCAAAGGCGAAGUAUAUUAUAUGGCCACGGAUAGAUCAGAAAUCCUGCUUUAAAUCUAUGGUUACUGCGGGUUUUGAGCCCGUGGUGAUAGAGAACAUUCUAGAAGGUGAUGAGCUGCGCACAGACCUGACCGCGGUGGAGGCUAAAGUUCAGGAACUUGGGCCUGAUUACAUUCUGUGUGUUCAUUCGACCACGUCCUGUUUUGCUCCACGGGUGCCUGAUCGGUUAGAAGAGCUGUCUGUGAUUUGUGCUAAGUAUGGAAUUCCGCACAUCGUCAACAAUGCUUACGGAGUGCAGUCUUCCAAGUGUAUGCAUCUCAUUCAGCAGGGGGCUCGGGUUGGGAGAAUUGAUGCUUUCGUCCAGAGCUUGGACAAAAAUUUUAUGGUUCCAGUAGGUGGCGCUAUAAUUGCUGGAUUCAACGAGGCCUUCAUUCAGGAAAUCAGCAAGAUGUAUCCAGGGAGAGCGUCUGCUUCCCCUUCUCUGGACGUCCUUAUCACUUUACUGUCACUUGGAUCGAACGGCUACAAAAGGUUGUUAAAAGAAAGAAAGGAAAUGUUUUCUUAUUUGUCAAGCCAACUGAAGACACUGUCAGAAGCCUAUGGAGAAAGGCUCUUGCAGACACCUCACAACCCCAUAUCUUUAGCUGUGACACUUCAGACACUGGAUGAACCCCGUGACAAAGCUGUCACUCAACUUGGCUCCAUGCUUUUCACCCGGCAGGUUUCUGGGGCCAGGGUGGUGCCUCUUGGGUCUGUGCAAACCGUGAAUGGCUACACUUUCAAAGGCUUUAUGUCCCAUGCAAAUAAUUACCCGUGCACUUACCUCAAUGCUGCAGCAGCCAUUGGCAUGACGAAACAGGAUGUGGACUUGUUCAUAAAGAAAUUAGACAAGUGUCUAAAGACAGUAAGGAAAGAACAGAGUAAAGAGAUUGAUGUAUGCCAAGUCGACAAUCACGGUGAAACCAAAGAUGUAGGUCUAAAAGAAAUGGCUUUGAAACUAGAUAAUCUCCGGCUCUACACAUACCAGGAUUCUUCUUCAUGAUACGCAAGAGUUUCUUUGGUACUUGGAGGGAAGCGGUUACUCUGCAGGGCAAGCAAGCAAGUUAAAGACAAGACUUGAGAUUUUCUGGCUCGAGAGUUUCAGCUGUUGAAAAUAUUUGACCAAGGAAUAGAAUACAGUCUGAGCUAACCUCUUUUAUAAUUGUUAACACCUUUUAUUAUGAGACUGCCUGAAUCUUUAUGCUGCUUAAUAGAUUAUAAUAUACACUAAGACUUUUUCUGUUAGAGUCAUUGUCAGCUGAGAUACGAUCCAGAUCAUUCUUGCUAAUCUGACAAUAAAAUACAUCU